AAUACUAUUGGAAUUCCUAUUCCCAUCACUAAUCCUGCAGAUAAAAUUCUCAAGCUGAGUGUGGUGUUGGAAAAUCAGUCACUUUCUGGAGAAAAAUCUUUCACUCUUAUGCCCAAACAAACAUUCCUCUAUCAGCUACAUUUUUCCCCAGCUGUUGUUGGCACUUCAGAUGGAAGUGUCAUAUUCCUGUCAGAUAUGGUUGGAGAGUUUUGGUAUGCACUGAAGUUCAUUGUAGAGAAACCACAGCCAACUAGUCUACCUGAAAUAGAAUGUGAGCUUGGAAAAUGGGCUCGUCUACACAUACCUCUCUCUAAUCCCACACAUGAAACUCUGGAGCUAGAAAUUGUUAACAGCAAUCCUAGCAAUUUUUCAAUCGAGACUGAUCCAGAACACCCUCUGAUUGUUGCUCCUCAUUCCACCACUGAAGUACCUGUGAAAUUCCGUCCAUCUGCCCUUGGAAGAGGCAAUCAUAAGGCAUCAAUAACCUUCAAAUGUUCACAGCUUAAGGAGUGGAUAUUUUACCUGUUGGGGACUGGUCUUCCACCUAAGAUGAUGGAACCAACCACAAUAAGUGCAUGCCUUGGCCAGCAUUCUUCUGUCAUCAUAUCCUUCAAAAAUCCAACUCCUGAAAACGUGUUGGUAGAUGUCAUGCUGACAGGAAUCCGAUUAGCUCCGAAGGAAAAACUGGACAUCCCAGUGUUAUUCAUGCCAGAUACAAUGAAAAUGCAUGAGACCUUGGUUGUAAUUCAUGUAAUGAGGGAAAAUGGUGAAAACUGGCUUUAUGAGGAUUCUGCUGAAUUAAAUAAAGACUUAAAGAGUGUUAUUGUAGCAAAGAAAGGGGGAAUUCAGGGAAUACUCUGGAUCUAUCCGGUUCAUGGAAUACCUGAAGCACCACAGCACAAAUUAGUUCCAGCUGUGGUACGCUGUCGAGCCAGGCAGAGAGUAGAAAGAAGAGUAAAAGUGCUGCUAACUGGUGUAGUUCCUGGGGCAAAUGCUAUGCCCACUGCAAGAAAUUCUGCCAUGUUCAAUACAAAUAUGCCAGCCAACAUCCAAGAAGUUCAACUCACUGAUGGUUUCUUUACAACAGUGGAAUUUCUAUAUGAAUUACAAUAUCAGUCAAAUGAAAUUAAAUCUCAGCUUGGAGCUUUGGUUGGUGUACAUCUGAUUCAAAGAGAUCGAGAUACAGAAUCAGGAAUUGUAACACUCAUCUUUAAUGUAGUGUUUGCACCUAACAAACCAAUGAGGAAUGAAGCAACUCUCGUAGUACAGUGCACUACAGGAGGUGUUUGGAAGUUUCCGGUGCUCUUCAUUGCUACGCAGCCAGAAGUGGACGAUGUCAUCAACAUUGAAGCAGUUGGCCUCAAUAAGGAAUCUAUAGUUGGCUUUAAGCUUACAAGCCAGACAAGGCACCCAGAGCCAUUCACUGCACACUUCCUGGCAGGCAGUGAUCCUGAUUUCCUUGUACUGCCACAAACUGGAGAACUUCUUCCAGCUGGCACUGUGGGAACCCAUAUAACAGUGGGAUUCAAGCCAAGGAUGUACGGCAAGAAGCAUACAGCAACACUUGUAAUUCAGACACAAUCAAUGCAGUGGAUGUAUGAAGUCAAUGGACUGCCUCCACGGACCAUCCCACCUACAAGGCAAGCAAAAGUGGUUUCUACCAGCAGUUACAUAAGAUCAGUUACAGUUCGACAGCGCAAUUUUUUACGUGAAAAUCUGAAACUUACAACCACUGGAGCAUCCUCACCAAUCAAGGGGGCACCUUUGGUCCUGAGGACCAAAUAG